AUGCCUAAUCCUUUCACCGAGUCUCAGGUUAAAUGCAUUAUGCUUCAGAUUUUCAAAGGUCUGAGAUAUCUUCAUGAAAACUUUAUAAUCCACAGGGACUUAAAAGUCUCCAACCUGUUAAUGAAUGACAAGGGUCUUGUAAAAAUAGCGGACUUUGGACUGUCACGCCCUACUCAUUCCCAUAAUCCCAUGACUCCUUGCGUUGUUACAUUAUGGUACCGAGCACCGGAAAUUUUACUUGGCGAUAAAAACCAGACUAAAGCUGUUGAUAUAUGGUCAGCUGGCUGUAUUAUGGGUGAGCUUUUAUUACACAAACCACUUCUUCCUGGGAAGACAGAGGUUCACCAAUUGGAGUUAAUUAUUGAUUUACUGGGCACUCCGAAUGAUCAAAUUUGGCCGAAUCUUUCCAAAUUACCAGCAUUAGAAAAGAUAAAUCUGAAAAAGCAACCGUACAAUAAUUUGCGUCAUACUUUCCCAUGGUUAUCAGAUGCUGGUUUGCGUUUACUAAACUUUCUGUUCAUGUAUGACCCGUCUAAACGGGCUCGGGCUCGUGAAUGCUGUCAGAGUUCUUAUUUCCGUGAACAUCCUUUACCAUGCGAACCUGAUAUGAUGCCAUCUUUUCCUCAACAUCGAUUAAAGCGUAAGAAUUCUCCUGGUGAAUAUGAUAACAAAGGUGUUAAUCCAGCCCAAGAUCAAGCUGCUGGAUUAUUUGAUGCUGCCUUCGAUAGGAUUGUGAAGAAACGUCGAGCUUAA